AUGUCUUCUGCAUUCCCAGGAGCUGCUCCGCCAACUGAGAGGGUUUCUGAUGUCAAAGGCGUUAAGCUGCUGUCUAAACUGUCUUCUUCCAGCAAGAUCUUGUAUUCUCGCAACAAGUGGUGCCAACGAGCCAAAGCUUUUGUCGUUCUCGGCCGAAUGGUUAAUAGAAGUCGUCCUGGCCAGUGCAAGAUGGCCGGCUCGCAGACGCUCGAUCAGAUUUGGAGGCAUGUGAAGCGAUAUGUGCUGUACACCCUGGCCUUGAAAAGGCCUGCUGGGUCUGGCCUUCAGCUGAACCCACGCCUCUUGCAGUACGGUUGGUCUUUUAUGUCCGUUUCAGUGCUCAGAAGCAGCUCUUGA